GCAUAAACAAAUGCUUUGAGACUCAUUGAGAGAGAAAGAGGCUAUGUAUGGUUGUCUUGUGGCAGUUAGGCAGAGCUACAGUUGGACCCAGAACGUGUGUGAAUAUUGUCAUUCAUAAAUAGAGUUAACAAGUUUGCAAUCGUCUUCAUAAUGGGUACUUCAUUUUCAUUUUUUUUCGAUCGGUUCGCUGCCAAGGAGGAUGUGCGUGUGCUAAUGAUUGGGCUGGAUGCGGCUGGCAAGACCACAACGCUGUAUCAGCUUAAGCUGGGUGCCACUUUAACCAAUAUACCGACCAUUGGAUUCAAUGUAGAGAUAUUGGAAUACAAGCGUCUUCGUCUGACAGUCUGGGACAUUGGCGGCCAAAAGCGCGUACGAUCUAUGUGGCGCUAUUACUAUAACAAUGCGGCUGGUAUUAUAUUUGUGGUAGAUGCCGCCGAUGUUGCACGCUUUCCCGAGGCCAUGACUGAGCUUCAUUCCACGCUGCGUGUGAACGAGCUUAAGGACAGUGUUGUGCUGGUCUUCGCCAACAAGCAGGAUUUGCCAGAUGCCAUAGCUCCGGGGGAUUUAGCCUUACGAUUGCGUUUGCAUGACCUACACCAGCGUUGGACGGUACACGGCGUCUGCGCCACCAACGGACAUGGCGUUCUCGAGGGCAUGGAGCUGCUCUACCGAAUGAUUCGACAGCGUCCUCAACGUCUGCGUCGCGAACGUAGUACCGAAUCAUUUUUCUAGGCAAACUGCGUCUGCGAAUUCUCGGUUCGCUCCAAAUCUAUUUCUUUGGCUAUA